ACGUUAUUACGGACCCCUCCCCCCCCUCUCCAUCGAUGACGACAUCGAACGAAAAGCAUUCCACCACGAGAAAGGAAACCAAGUCAAUGCGAACAAGAGAAGGAACAACACACGAAAACGUUGCUGGUUAUUCCCCACCUUUCUCCGCCCACCAAUCAUCCUCCUCCGGCAGCACAACUCCGGAUUGGCGUGGCCAUCAAAGGACCAGGACGCGACUCCUCUCGUCUGCGGGUUUGUUCUUGCGGACCAUGGACGACGGGGACAUAGAUUUCACCAAUCCGGAGACGUACCUGCACCCGGCCAUGGACAGCUACUUUGACGACAUCCUGAAAGACCCGGAGCACCUCGCAUGUACUCACACCCACGCCUGCUGCAACCCGCAUGUACGCCAUGACCUUGCCCACCACACCCAGACCUGCGUCCAUGUCCACACCAAGAUCCUCCGGGAGGAGUCGGAUGAUGUCCCCGAGACCUCCGAGUCGCCGCAAGAGAAUAACGGCCCCAAGAAGCGCCCGCCAGGUAACCGGGCAGCUGUGAGGAAGUACCGUGAGAAGAAGAAGGCCCACACGACUUUGCUGGAGGAAGAGGUGGCUCGCCUCAAGGCUUUAAACAAGCAGCUCGUGAGGAGGCUUCAGAGUCACUCGGCGCUCGAGGCUGAGGCCUCCAGGCUCCGCUGCCUGCUUGUCGACAUUAGAGGGAGGAUCGACGGAGAGCUUGGUGCUUUCCCUUACAAGCGGCCAGUGAAGAACAAGGAUUUGGCUGACCAAGGAAGUUCCCUUGGUGGUGCCCGGCAGGUUAGGCUCAGAUGCAACGAUCCGCCCUACUGCAGUCCAGAGAUGCAGGCCAUGACAAUGGAUGACGAUGAUGUUAUGAGUAGCGAGGUGUUGGGUCAAGGUGCCGGUGAUAUUGCAAACAACCAGUGGCUCCAAGGUUUGCCAGAUGAUGUAAAGAGGUGAAGGCAGGACAUGCCUAACUGCUUAUAUUCCCUCUCUGGGGACUAUUUGUUUCCGCUAUAAGGAAUACUACAUUUCUUGCUUCUAUCGGCCGGGUUGUGUUUGGUUCAAACUUUUGUAUUGCCAAUAAUGCCUUGUAUGGAUCCUGAGGCGCUGCAAGUUCGAUAGCUCCGAUGCUACCAGGACAUGGCUGUUCACGUUGCAUUGUUCUGUUUUCAGUUAUGUUCACGGAGUUUUGACAGCCUUGCUUCUGGUCCUAGAUGCCUCCUUACAAUGAGUAGAUACACACCGCAUUCGAAGUUAUUGUGAACAAUCAA